AUGGUGAAAAUCGGUAUCAACGGAUUUGGCCGCAUUGGCCGCCUGGUCGCCAGAGCAGCAUUCAACUGCGACAAAAUCCAAGUUGUGGCUAUCAAUGACCCAUUCAUUGACCUGCACUACAUGGUCUACAUGUUUAAGUAUGACUCCACUCAUGGCCGUUUCCAUGGCACCGUCAAAGCUGAGAAUGGAAAACUUGUGAUCAAUGGACAUCCAAUCACAAUUUUCCAAGAGCGGGAUCCUACAAACAUCAAGUGGGGUGAGGCCGGUGCAGACUACGUUGUGGAAUCCACUGGUGUCUUCACCACCACAGAGAAGGCUAGCGCUCACUUGAAGGGUGGUGCUAAACGUGUUGUGAUAUCCGCCCCAUCUGCUGAUGCGCCCAUGUUUGUGAUGGGUGUCAAUCAUGAGAAAUAUGACAAGUCUUUGAAAGUCGUCAGCAAUGCUUCUUGUACCACCAACUGUCUGGCUCCACUGGCCAAGGUCAUCCAUGACAACUUCGGCAUUGUGGAAGGUCUGAUGACAACAGUUCAUGCCAUCACAGCCACACAGAAAACUGUGGAUGGCCCCUCUGGAAAGUUGUGGAGGGAUGGCAGAGGAGCUGCUCAGAAUAUCAUCCCAGCAUCCACAGGUGCAGCCAAGGCUGUUGGCAAAGUCAUUCCUGAGCUGAAUGGGAAACUCACAGGGAUGGCUUUCCGUGUCCCAACUCCAAAUGUUUCCGUUGUGGAUUUAACCUGCCGCUUGGAGAAACCAGCCAAGUAUGAUGACAUUAAGAGGGUUGUGAAGGCAGCUGCUGAUGGCCCAUUGAAGGGUAUCCUUGGAUACACAGAGGAGCAGGUUGUCUCUUGCGACUUCAAUGGCGACACCCACUCUUCCACCUUCGAUGCAGCCGCUGGCAUUGCUCUCAACGAUCACUUUGUCAAGCUGAUCUCCUGGUAUGACAAUGAGUUUGGCUACAGCAGCCGUGUGGUAGACUUGCUGGUCCACAUGGCAUCCAAGGAGUAA